AUGGCAGAUUACUGGAAGUCAAUACCAAAGUUAUGGUGUACAACAUGUAAAUGUUUUUAUGCAGGAAAUAAUAUUGGAAUAACAAAUCAUGAAAGAAGCAAUAAACAUCAAAAUUCAUUAAGGAGUGCUUUGAGAAAUAGUGCUAAAAUAGCUGAAGAUACAAUUAAAAAACAAAGUGAUAUUAAUCAUGCUAUUAUUCAAAUGGAACAAGCUGCUUUGGCAUCUAUGAGAAAUGAAAAAUCAGGGAACACAAAUUUAAGUGCCCUUCAACAAGGUGGUGGAAGAUAUGGUGUUGAUGGUAUUGGUCCAUUUAUUCCUGUUGUAUCCACAUCAAUACCAUCAACAUCUAAUUCUAAUACAAAUAAUUCCCCUGUAAAUGACUUUAAACAAAAAAUAAAAAAACUUAUAAAAGAAAGUAAAAAAUCUUCUUUGUGGACAAAUGAAAAUGUUGAAGAAGAGACAUUUAAAUCAAUGAGGUGUUGGGUUGAGUAUAAUUCUGCUCAAGGAAAAUAUUAUUUUAACAUGUUUACUCAUUUAACACAAUGGGAAAAACCAGAAAGUUUUUAUACUCAGGAUGAGUAUGAGGAAAUGAUAAGCAAGAGUUUUCAAUCUCAGGAUUAUUUACCUUCUACAGAUGAUAUAUCAAAUGUUGUUGAUAAAGAACCUAUAAUUAAAUCAGAACCAAUAACCUAUAAAAAAUUAGAAGAAGAAAAAAAAGAAAAACAAAAAGAAUUAUUGUAUGAUCCUAAAAGUAUUGGUAGAAUUAUAAAAGAUAAAACAAAAAAAAGAAAAAUAAAAGAAGAAAUUAAAGAAAUUAAAAAAGAAGAAGAACCUAAAGAAAAAAAAGCAGUUGAACAUAAUUUUGACUAUGAAAUUCCUAAAAUUACUUAUGCAACACCUAUAACAUUAGGUCCUUGGAUAACAAUAAAAAAAGAAGAAGAAAAUACAGAUAUUCAAAAUGAAAAAGUCAUAGAUUAUAGUAAAGAAUUACCUCCAGAAGCAAAUAUUAUUGCUGAAGAAAGUGCAUUAAAAACUUAUGAUGAUGAACCUAUAGAAAUAACUGAUAAAAUUAUAGAUGUUUCAAAAAAAAAGAAAACUAUUUCAUUUCAAAAACGUUCAUCAAAAUCAAGGAAUAUUAGGCAUAGAGAUGACGACAAUACUUAA